CCUCACAACCUUGUUCAAAUUUACCGAUCUACCACUACUCGGCUCGAGCUCCCCGAAAUCUUCCCUCUCAUCAAUGGAGGCUCCUCCCGCUGGCUACAGAAAGAACGUCGGAAUCUGCCUCGUCAACUCCUCUAACAAGGUCUUUGCAGCGUCGAGGCUUGAUAUGCCAGGAUCAUGGCAGAUGCCUCAGGGUGGUGUAGAUGAAGGAGAGGAUUUGAGAGCCGCUGCGAUUAGAGAAUUGAAGGAGGAGGCUGGAGUCACAUCGGCGGAGGUUGUUGCUGAGGCUCCUUACUGGCUAACAUAUGAUUUCCCUCCUGAACUGAAAGAAAGAUUAAACAAAGAAUGGGGAACAAACUGGAAUGGUCAAGCACAGAAGUGGUUUCUCUUGAGAUUUACUGGAAAGGAUGAAGAGAUUAACCUUGCUGGUGAUGGAAGUGAAAAGCCAGAGUUUGGAGAGUGGUCAUGGAUGACCCCACAACAAUUGCUUGAGCUUAUUGUGCAUUUCAAGAAGCCAAUAUAUGAAGAGGUCUUCAAAGUAUUUGCCCCACAUCUUCAGUCAGAUUCAAGCUCCUUGUGAUUCUGUCAGAUUCAAUCAACAAAAAAGCACAUUUAUCUGUCCGACAUCGAAGCCAUGUAUCUAAUUAAUAAUAUUUUCUUCAUAAUUUUGUUAUAUGUGUUGGUUGUUGGGGGAAAAUAUAUGUUUUUCUAUGACAUUUGUAAGGUUUUCCAUCUGUGAUAUCAGGCCCACUGAACUGCAUUACAUAUAA